GGCUCUUCUUUAGACUUUAGUUUUUAGUAGGCAUUGGGACUUUAUAAAUCUAUCUUCUGCUAUAACGAAUUCCCUCAUUAAUUUAUUCAUUAUUCAUCCACUUGUGUGGAGUCGUAUAGUUUAUGAUGAACUCUGAAAACGAGGUAUUGAUCAUCGAUCACUUCGAGCUCAAGUUUCCAUUCGAGCUUAGGAAACCAAUCUCGUGCUCCUUUGAGCUGCUCAACAGAACGGACAAUCACGCCGCAUUCAAGGUUAAGACGACGAAUCCGAGGAAGUAUACAGUUCGGCCCAACAAUGGCAUCGUCCUUCCUAGAUCGAGGUGUAAUGUUACAGUUACAAUGCAAGCUCAAAGUGAGACACCUAUGGAUAUGCAGUGCAAGGACAAGUUUCUUGUACAGUGUGUGUUUACUCACCCGGGUGCUACAACUAAAGAUAUCUCCCAAGAAAUGUUUCAUAAGGAGAAGGGAAAGUACGUCCAAGAAAGCAAAUUGACAGUUGUUUAUGUUUCUCCCCCAAGGCCACCAUCUCCGGUCCCGGAAGAGCCUGAAGAAUUAAAUUCACCCAUCACUUCUGAACCUGAAAAGUUGUCUCAUAAUGAAAACACUGCACCUAGGGUUCAAAUUUUGAAGUUAAUUGAGGAGCGAGAUGCCAUUAUUCAACAAAAUGGCAAACUUCGUCGAGAGUUGGAGUUCUUGAGGCGAAGAGGUCCAGAAAAGCGCGCCAAAUUUCCCACUCUCUAUUACAUGCUUAUAGGUUUGAUUGGCAUUUUAAUGGGAUAUAUCCUGGGAAGGUUAUGAUCAAGGAGUGAAAAAGAGAUGACCCUUCCCCUUAGAAGACCUUAGCUCUACUCAUCUGCAAAGAUCAAUUUUGUUUUAACAUGAUGUUUUUCAAACAUUAUCUAGUCUAGUACUAGAGUAAUUGAAUUGGGUAGACAUUAUUUAAACUUUAGUCUAAAAUUUUUGCUACUGUAUUGUUACCUGGCAUAUAGCUUGUGCAUGCGUGGUUUUUGUGCUUUGAGUUUACUUGCUAGUGACAAUAUGU